AUGUCUAAGAUUGCAUCAACCUUUUCGCGCCUGGUGCGUUUCGUUCCUAAGUCUAACCCCUCCAAGAUUUUGAUCGGGGAGCCGGUCGAUCCCAAGUUAGAUGUUGGAUUGGCCCUUUACCAAGGCAAGGAGGUUAAUGUGCGCCCUUUCUCUGGAACUUCGGUUCUGAGCCCUGGUCAUGUCACCGACGCGACGGAAACUAUUUCGCGCAUUCUGUCACCUCUCGCGCAAUCUGAAGUUGGAACUAUUCGCUGUGUCGGAUUAAACUAUGUCUCACACGCAAAGGAGAUGUCUCUCCCAAUUCCAGAAGUACCAACACUAUUCAUGAAGCCAUCCAGCUCUCUGGCAGAUCCCUGGCCUGCGCCAACUGUCCUGCCUAAGAUUACCCAGCAGGAUAACACCGGUGAUUACGAGUCCGAGAUGGUCAUCGUUAUCGGUCGUGAUGCUAAGGACGUGCCUGAGUCCGAGGCUCUCGAUUACGUCCUCGGUUACACUGCCGCCAACGACGUGUCAAGUCGCACCUCCCAGAUGAACCAGAGCCAAUGGUCUUUCUCAAAGGGCUUCGACGGCGCAUGCCCUAUUGGUCCCGUUCUCGUCUCCGCUGCCCUCAUCCCUGAUGCGAGCAAGCUCCAGAUCCGUGGCCUCAAGAGCGGCCGCGUGAUGCAAGACUGCCCCCUCACUGACUUGAUCUUCAGCGUCCCCCAGCUGAUCAGCUUCCUCUCCCAGGGCACCACACUGCCCGCUGGCACAAUCAUCUUGACCGGUACCCCGCCCGGUGUCGGUGCGGCCAAGAGCCCUAAGGAGUUCAUCAAGGCUGGUGAUGAGUUUGCCGUUGAGUUACUUCCUCACGUUGGCACACUCAUCAACAAGAUCGAGCACCAGUAA